UGCAAUAGUGAUAUUACCAAAUGUGAGUUAACUUAUUUACAUUGAAAAACUGAAGAUAACAUGUUCUGUAAUAACAACAGCAGCUUUUUAAAACUAGUUUUUGGGCCAUUUACAUUUCUGAAAUGCAUUAUAAAAUUAUUUUCCACACUGCGUGUGCCACUUUAGUAGACGCAAUACGGGUUCACAAAUGAAAACAAGAAAAUAAUUAAUAAAAAUAAUAAAGCCCACGUAAAAGCUGUAACCAAUGGGGGGAAAGUGGUGAUUUGUUCCAGCCAAUCCCGGGCGGAGGGUGGAGUGACGGUUUUAAAACUGCAACUCAAGUUGCUGGAGCGUGUAGCUCCUCAGCUCACAUUGUGGACCACAACUUUCACGACUGCACCUCCCAUGACAGCAUAGACAAGAGUAACGGAGACAAACAAACAAACAAACAGGGGAGCAGAAGGGAAACAACGGACUCGUACUGACUAAAAUCGUUGAAGGAAUUUACCGUGGCGCACCGUGCGUAAAAGGCGCACUGGCCACUUUGCUGCGGGCACAUUUUUGUUUUUAAUUGAAGAUUCCUUUUUGGGAUUUCCAACCCCAAAGGGGCCGAGCAAAUAAUGUUAAAAAUGACAGACGAGCAUGACAAGUGUGGCAGCGACCAACCGUGCAGUCCAUCGGGCACAAACAGCUCCAUGUCCCAGGACGAGUCUGACUCCGACGCUCCGUCCUCACCGACGGGCUCCGACGGCCGAGGAUCCCUGAUUGCCGGUCUAGGCAAGAAACUGGACUCGGAGGAUGACGACCGGUUCCCAGCUUGCAUACGGGACGCCGUCUCUCAGGUCCUUAAAGGAUACGACUGGUCCUUGGUGCCCAUGCCCGUGAGGGGCAGCGGAUCUUUGAAGAAUAAACCUCAUGUUAAGAGACCCAUGAAUGCGUUCAUGGUUUGGGCGCAAGCGGCCCGCAGAAAGCUGGCGGAUCAAUAUCCACACCUGCACAACGCAGAACUGAGCAAGACUCUUGGAAAAUUGUGGCGUUUGCUCUCAGAGGGGGAGAAGAGGCCGUUUGUAGAUGAAGCAGAGAGGCUCCGGGUUCAGCACAAGAAAGACCAUCCAGACUACAAGUACCAGCCCCGGAGACGGAAGAAUAUGAAACCAGGCCAGAGCGACUCAGACUCAGGAGCAGAACUGGCACAUCACAUGUAUAAAGUUGAACCAGGGAUCAUCGGACUGGCAGGAAUGACUGAUGGACACCACCACCCUGAGCAUGCAGGGCAGCCCCAUGGUCCUCCUACACCACCCACUACUCCCAAAACAGACCUGCACCACGGAGUGAAGCAGGAUCUGAAACUUGAAGUCCGUCGUCUUGUUGAUAGUAAUAGGCAAAACAUCGACUUCAGCAACGUAGACAUCUCAGAGCUUAGCACUGAUGUCAUCAGCAACAUGGAGACCUUCGACGUGCACGAGUUUGACCAGUACCUCCCGCUCAACGGCCACGCCCCGGGCUCCUCCACCCUGUCCUCAGACCACAGCCACGGGCAGGCUCCAGUGCCUGGUGGGUCUUACACUUCCUCAUACAGCCACGCCGGCGCCAACGGAUCAGUGUGGAGCCGCAAGAGCGCCAUGUCCUCCUCCACUCCCUCUGCCAGCGAGGUGGGCCAGCACCGGCUCCAUAUUAAAACAGAGCAACUGAGCCCCAGCCACUACAGCGAGCACUCCCACGGGUCCCCAUCACACUCUGAUUACGGCUCCUACAGUAGCCAUGCCUGCGUCACCUCGGCCACAUCAGCUGCCUCGGCUGCAGCCUCGUUCUCCAGCUCCCAGUGUGACUAUACUGACCUGCAGAGCUCUAACUAUUACAACCCUUACUCAGGCUACCCCUCCAGCCUCUACCAGUACCCGUACUUCCACUCAUCCAGGCGGCCCUACGGCAGCCCAAUCCUCAACAGUCUGUCCAUGGCUCCUGCCCACAGCCCCAACGCCUCCAGCUGGGACCAGCCCGUCUACACCACGCUGUCUCGACCUUGAAGGGGACAAGAAGCAGUCGGUUCGCACCAGAGACUCAUUCAGAUUGAUGCACUACUAAUGAAGGAAGUAAGGGGCAGGUGGAGAAGUGUGUGUAGUAGGCUACCUGCGACCAUUUUCAACGUUAAUCAAGCAAAAGAAAAAAAAGUGCCUGCUGAUUUUAUACAAAGUUAUAUCGUCGUGAUUAAAACACAGACUUGUUUCACAAAGACAAAUUGUGUUGUUGGCGAGCCAAAACUCCUCCAUGAGGACGUGUCGCCUACGCCUACAUCCUGUA